UCUCGCUCUCGUCGGUCCCUCACCUUCUCCCCUACCUGGGACAGGGAGGCUGGUCUGUGACCAUCCUUAUUUCCCAUCUGGCUUCCCAGCAGCUCCCUCCCCCCUGAGGAUCAGGCCCCAGGGACCCCCCCAGCCAUGGUGCUUAUCCAGAUCGCAAGCGUCAUCCUGGCUCUGCUCAGCCUGGUGCUGCUGGUGGUGGCCCUGGUCUCAGACAACUGGGUGAAGAUUAAUGAAGCAGAGGAGAGUCAUCUUGGGCUGUGGAAGAUCUGUGUGUCGCAUAUUUGCAUCUUGCAUCUAACCAGAGUACCAGGUUUCUUCCACACCAGCAGGUUUUUCAUGAUCCUAGCCAUGUUCGCCGGGUUUCUCUCCUUCUUCGCUCUCAUCGCCUCCUUCUUUUGCUCCCACUUUCGCUCCGUGUCCCUGACCCUGGUCUCCACCGUGGGCAGCUUCAGUGCAGGUGUCUGUGCCGUGAUCGCGCUGGCCGUGUUCACCAGUGCUGAUUGCCAGCUCAUCAUGCCAGGAAUCCUCUCCUACAGUUGGUCCUACGGCCUGGGCUGGCUGUCCUUCUUCCUGUAUCUUGGAACUG